AUGGAGAAACCUGAUGAUGAGGAGUCACCAGGUGGAAUUAUAGUAAUGGAGAAGGCUGAUGAUGAGGAGUCACCAGGUGGAAUUAUAGUAAUGGAGAAGCCUGAUGAUGAGGAGUCACCAGGUGGAGUUAAAGUGAUGGAGAUGCCUGAUGAUGAGGAGUCACCAGGUGGAGUUAAAGUGAUGGAGAUGCCUGAUGAUGAGGAGUCACCAGGUGCAACAGGUGGUGAAGUGGACGGAAGAGACACCACACCUGUUCACAGCACUGGCACUCCUGAAGGCUCACCAAAUGUUGUAGCAAUGCUACAGGGCUUCAGGUUGAAUCAACAGCAGCAACAGCAGCUACAGCAGGCAAUGCAACAGACAAUGCAAGAAAUGCACCAACAGAUGCAGCAGCAGAUGCAGCAACAGAUGCAGCAACAAAUGCAGCAGCUGAUGCAGCAACAGAUGCCGCAGCAGAUGCAGAAGCAGAUGCAGAAGCAGAUGCAGCAACAAAUGCAGCAGCAGAUCAGCCAGCUACAGGAGGAGGUGCAGAAAGGAAAGACAAAGCAACAGUGUGUUGUGACCCCUCUGGCAGCAGCAAACCCAGACACUUUGACAAGACCAGCUCCUCAGUCACCAGACCCAGCAGAGGAGGUAUUAGGUGAAAACGUUGACAAGAAGGAGGAGGAAGCAGAGAGGAACUUUCAAGAGAAAGAGCCACUGACACAAGCCAGAGAUGAGUCAAAACCAGAGGAGGAAGGUUCUUCAGGAGAAAACAUCGAAACAACCCAAGGUGCAGCAGAGGAGGUAUUAGGGAAUCACAAUGACAAGAAGGAAGAGGCAGAGAGGCCCCGUCCAGAGAUUUCAGCCCCAUCCCUUUCCAAUCCAGAGAUGGUCUUGAAAGAAAAUACUCACCAGGGAGAACAAAAGAAAUGUGAAGAGGAAGAACCACUGUCACAAGCCAUAGAUGAGUCAAAACCAGAAGAAGAUUCCUCAGGAGAGAACAUAGAAACAACCCAAGAACCCAGUCUCAAGGAGCUGUUGUCAAAGACUGGACUAGAAGAUCAUUAUGAAAACAAGCUGACGUUAAGUUCUGUCCUUGAGAUAAAUGCUGAUACUACAUCAGAUGAACCUCUUACCACUAUGCAGUCACUUCCAGGGGCCUUCCUGAAGAAAUUAAUGAUGGCAAAUGUGAAUGCUAGGAGUGUGACACUAAAAAGUGACACUGAUGAGAGUGACUCUGAAAACAGUUAUGCAAUUAAUCCACUGGACCUGAUUACAGCCCUGUUUCUGUGUUCAGAUGGUUUCCUGCAGCAGGAGAUGGUCCAGAAAAUGUCCAUGUGUCAGUUUGCUGUUCCUCUGCUGCUGCCCAACUGUGACACAGAACAAAGCACGUUGAUGCUGUGGGCCUUGAGGGACAUAGUGAGGAAGUUUAGACCCUCUUCACAAGUAGACACAAAGUCCUUCAUAGAGGAGAGAAUUGUACUCUCUGAUAUCCCUAUGGUGUCCUUUGUUAGGCUAGGAGAGAGCAACUUGUCCAAGUCUAAUAUGUUGAACAAACUGCUAAGUAAUCCUGACACAUUUGUCCAUCGUGAUAUGGACUGUGGUGAUGUACCUCGGAAGAUUUCAGAUGGUCUAGUUGAAAUCAGCUGGUACCUCCCAUGUGGGAAAAGAAACAUAGACAGGUUCACCAAGCCUGUGGCUUUUGCCAAUCUCAGAGGAGACAUCAGGUCCUUUAAGACACAGUUUUCCUUUCUGUGUCAAACAUCAGCAGCAAUUUACAUGUUUAGUGAUGAAUUAGAGGCGGAUUCUGAGGUUUUGAAAGACAUAAACACGGAGUUAUUUCUGGUUGUUAACUCUCAGAGAAAAACAUUCACAGGAGACAAAGUCACACAUGUAAUAGAAAAGAAGGGGAGGAAUGAAGCAGCAUUUGUAAAAACCCUGCAGUCAUCUGUUGGUGAUGUAAUUGAAAAUUGCCAAAACAAACUGACAAUUGAAAAAAUGGAUGUUAUUGCUCGUCAGAGUGGGAUUCUGGUUGAUGAAGACAGUGAUGAGUGUCAGAGUGCCAGGAAGAUGGCAGAUAAAAUCACCAGCAACAUCACAGACACAAUUAAAUUCAAAGACAAACAGCUACCCUUACAAGGAACAAUCUGGAAAGAGCUUUCCCAGUUGGAGAAAGAGAGAUGUAGACUGAGAAAAGCAGGAGCUCAAACAAUUCAACACUACAUGAGCUCUCUGAAGAAAAAAGUUAAAGAACUGAGAGAGAAGCAACAAAGCUUUGAUAUGACAGAGGCAAUGACAAAUUUCCUAAUUGGCAUGUCAACUUCAGAAGUGGAGCGAUCCUAUUUCAUCAAAUGGAUGCGGAUAUAUUUGGACAAUAUGUCACGAAAGAAUCUGUCUGGUUUACGGGAAAAGUAUAAAAUGCUCCAGGAAAAAGAAUCUGCAGAUAAAAAAGACAUUGCAUAUUUGGAUAGGCAGAAAAAAGACAUUACAGAUUUGGAUAGGCAAAUAUCUGACGGUUCCCUGGGACUUGAACACUUCCUGCGUGAGUUGGGCCAAUUAUAUGAAGCUUCCUGCUCCCUCCCUGAAAGUAGCCGUCAAAGGAAACAGAUGGAGAAUCUCCCUGGAUUGUGUGCUCAGAUGCUGAUGGAUGGUUUCCCCAUUGAGCUUGUGGAUGGAGAUGCAUCAAAUAUCCCUCUGAAAUGGAUAUCAGCUGUUCUGACUCAGCUUCAUACUCUUGUCCAAUCCAAUAGCAAGAUUCGCGUUGUGACAGUUUUAGGGGUUCAAAGCACUGGGAAGUCCACUCUCCUCAACACCAUGUUUGGGGUCCAGUUUGCUGUCAGCAGUGGAAGAUGCACAAGAGGGGCCUUCAUGCUACUGAUUAAAGUCAACAAAGAACUCAAGGAGGAGCUGAAAUGUGACUUCAUCAUGGUGAUUGACACAGAGGGGUUGAAAUCACCAGAGUUGGCUCAACUAGAUCAUAGCUAUGAACAUGACAAUGAACUGGCAACACUGGUAAUUGGACUCAGUGAUGUCACUAUCAUCAACAUGUCCAUGGAGAACUCCACAGAGAUGAAAGACAUUCUGCAGAUUGUUGUUCAUGCUUUUAUCAGGAUGAAGGAAGUGGGGAAGAAGCCAGUGUGUCAUUUUGUGCACCAGAAUGUGUCAGACGUGUCUGCUCAUGACAACAACAUGAGGGACAGAAAGAAGUUGUUGGAACAGUUGAAUGAAAUGACCCAGGCAGCAGCCAGAAUGGAGAAGAAGGAGAAUAUCACCAAGUUCACUGAUGUGAUGGAGUAUGAUCCAGACACAAGCAGUUACUACAUCCCAGGACUCUGGCAUGGGACUCCACCUAUGGCUCCAGUCAAUGCUGGAUACAGUGAGGCUGUGUACGACUUCAAGAAGAGCUUGAUGCAAGAUUUAAGACAAUGUCAGAGUAAUGAUGACAUGACACAUUUCAUGAAGUGGACACAAAGUUUGUGGGAGGCAGUGAAAUUUGAGAAAUUCAUCUUCAGUUUCAGAAACAGCUUGGUUGCAGAUGCAUACUCCAGAUUAUGCUCUGAGUACAAUGUUUGGGAAUGGGCCUUCCAGAAGGAGAUGUAUAAAUGGAUGGUGAGUGCUGACACCAAAAUGUCCAACAUUGGAAUGACAGAUCAACAUCCCCAGAGGUCCAUAAGAGAUGUGCUACAGGACUUGAUGAUAGAAGCAUCUGAGAAGCUGUCAAUGGGAGAAAAUGACGUACAAGACAAUCUAGUAAAAUACUUUAAACAGCAAGAUGGCCAUGUCAAUCUGGUGGAAAAAUACAAGGAGGACUUUGUGAAUAGUGCUAAAACACUGAGACGAGAGACAGAAAACACAGUGAAGAACAAACUGCAAGGAGCUGUUGAGAUCAAAGAGGGAAUGACAGAACUGAAGAACAUCAAGAGCUCUCAGGCAAAUACAAUGGAAAAACAGGUGCUUGAUUUGCUUCAGAAAUGUAGACAGAAUAAAUCUGGUCUAUCAGAUAAGGACAUCAGUGAAGAGUUUGAAAACAUGUGGAAGAAAACUCUGUCUGAGAUACACUUCAAAGGACUUCCAAGAAGAGAUGUGGCUCAAGGUGCCUUCCUCAUGUUAAGUGGAAAUCUAUCAACAAGGGGUGGGCACGUCAAUAAGAUGUUGGUUGGAAUCAGCCUGGUGGAUUGUGGUAAAAAAGAAUUUGUUGUGGAAACUGGGGGUUUUGGGGAGAAAUUCGGGGGCUUAUUUAAGCACGGGGACUUCAACCAUUACAGGAAGAAACUACAAGACUUCUGUAAUGACAUCAUAACACAGUGUCAGUUGUUUAUAACACAGAAGGUGGAAAGCAAAACAGAUUACCAUGAUACUUACAUCAAAGAGCUGCUGAACAAGAUUGAUGAAACAUUGCAACAACACAAGAAUGUACAAAUCAGUGAGGAAUGUGAGGUUCCUCUCAAACAACACAUCUGUGGCAGAGCAGCCAGAGAGUUUCAGAAGAUGCAUAAUUAUUUCAUUGAAGUUAAUGACCCAAGGAAGUGUCUGGAACAGUCUAAGAACAAGUACCUUUCUGAGUUCAAAGACAUAUUUCAUAACCAAGACCAGUGCCAAAAGAAAGCUGAGGAGUUCUCAAAGCUGUGUUUGCAGCCAGCUGUACAGGACUACAUUACCAAAAUGAUUGGUCCUGAUGUGGUUGAUGAAGUGAAGACAGGUGAAGGGUCAGAGGAUUACAGCACCCGAGGGGCUUUCCAGUUCUCCAUUUUAAAACAACUCCUGACAGAUGGACAAUAUGAUAAAUAUGAAAAGUACAUUGACAAUUAUGAAAGCUUUGUGAAGGACUGGCUGUUUGACCAGAUUGUCCAACAACUGUCAAAGGACCGCAGUCUGGAGAAAUUGGAGGAGAAACAUCUUUCAGAGAUGGUCAAGAUGAUCACUGACACAAUCUCUAACAUCAGAGAAACAACUGGCACAAAACAUGUAAAUGAUGUCAAGACAUUCAUUCAGAACAUCUGCAGUGUCCUUGAAGAGAAGCUGGUCCUCAAGGAUGCUCUGGAUUCCAUCUUGAUUCUAAACACUUCUGACACAAAACAGUUUGCUGUCUACCUCACAGAGUUAGUGGAUGAAAUGAAGCAGUCACUGGCAGCUAAGUACAACAAGAUAGGAGACAUCAAAGAGAGACUCAUAUCUCUGCCAUUCAAGCCUCAUGACGAGAUGUUCACCAUUCUGUUUGGCUGUGGAGAACAAUGUCCCUUCUGUGGUGUACCUUGUGAGGCAGGGGGGAUAACGCACGUAAAACACCAUGCCUCCAUUCACCGUUCAGAAGGUAUCAAUAGUUAUAGGUGGAGGAGUUCAAGUAAAUUAGUAAUAGAGAUAUGUUCAUCUCUUGUGGUUAGUGACAAAGCAUUCUCCAAUGCCGAGACUGGAGGAACAUUUCACCCCUACAAGGACUACCAGAAAUAUUACCCUGACUGGAUCAUAACUGGAGAUACCAGCAUUGAGGCUUCAGACUACUGGAAGUAUGUGAUGGUCACAUUCAAUAAGAGAAUCGCUGAAGACAGAGGAGACUCAACACUUCCUGCUGAUAUCCCAGAGGACUGGAAGGCAUUAACACCUGAUGAUGCAAUGAAGAGCUUGAUGAAGUCAUUCAACAUGAAAUAAAGUGGAAUACUUUCUAAUGCCUUGUUGAUCACAAACAUGAUUGACGUUUCAUAGACUUAACAACCAGAAAUGACAUAUCACAGAAACAUCAUAUGUAGAACCAGUCAUCUCAAUAAAGUUGUUGUAAUAAUGUGCAGAUCUUGCAAUACCCAAUGCAAUUUAGAAAAGAACAACUGCAGCAGGAAAAACAUAUUUUCAGAUGCAUUCAUAAUUUUAUUUGAUUUAUUUAACUAGGCAAGUCAGUUAAGAACAAAUUCUUAUUUUCAAUGGCGGCCUGAACUGCCUUGUUCUGGCUCGACAGAUGUUUACCUUGUCAGCUCGGGGAUUCAAUCUUGCAACCUUUCAGUUACUAGCCCAACGCUCUAACCUCUAGGCUACCUGCCGUCCCAUAACCUAUGUAUCAUCUUUGGAAUUUACAGAUCAAAUGUUCCUUAAUGAAAUAGCUAAGACUUUGAAUAUGAUGUGAAAGGAAUACAACAUUUAACAUAAUGUAGAUUUAAGCAAAGCAAUUUAAGCUACAUUCAGAAAUCAUACAGAUAAUAAGAGUAAAUAUGAACACCAACAAGUUAACCAACAGAAUCAGAGUGUUUUACUUGCUGAUGUCCAUAAAUGAACACAAUACACAGGUAACUAAGGAGCUAGUCUAGAUAAACACAAUACACAGGUAACUAAGGAGCUAGUCUAGAUAAACACAAUACACAGGUAACUAAGGAGCUAGUCUAGAUAAACACAAUACACAGGUAACUAAUGAACUAGUCUAGAUAAACACAAUACACAGGUAACUAAUGAACUAGUCUAGAUAAACACAAUACACAGGUAACUAAGGAGCUAGUCUAGAUAAACACAAUACACAGGUAACUAAGGAGCUAGUCUAGAUAAACACAAUACACAGGUAACUAAGGAGCUAGUCUAGAUAAACACAAUACACAGGUAACUAAUGAACUAGUCUAGAUAAACACAAUACACAGGUAACUAAGGAGCUAGUCUAGAUAAACACUAUACACAGGUAACUAAGGAUCUAGUCUAGAUAAACACAAUACACAGGUAACUAAGGAGCUAGUCUAGAUAAACACAAUACACAGGUAACUAAUGAACUAGUCUAGAUAAACACAAUACACAGGUAACUAAUGAACUAGUCUAGAUAAACACAAUACACAGGUAACUAAGGAGCUAGUCUAGAUAAACACUAUACACAGGUAACUAAGGAUCUAGUCUAGAUAAACACAAUACACAGGUAACUAAGGAGCUAGUCUAGAUAAACACAAUACACAGGUAACUAAGGAGCUAGUCUAGAUAAACACAAUACACAGGUAACUAAGGAGCUAGUCUAGAUAAACACAAUGCACAGGUAACUAAGAGCUAGUCUAGAUAAACACAAUACACAGGUAACUAAGGAGCUAGUCUGCCAUUGUUAAUUUAUUUUCCAUUAUAAUAAUUAUAUUUCUUUCAUUUACUUUAUAAUUUAACCUAUGGCUUGAUAUGCCUUAAUCACAGAUUAAUGAUUAGAAGUGACUGCAUGGUCGUUUAGUGGUAAACGGUUGGCUUGGCUUUUGUUUUUGUAAUUUGACCUUUUGCAUUUUAAUCUUAAUGUACUUUUUAUUGUGAACAAAUCCACAAUUGGCUUGGCUUGGCUUUUGUUUGAAUAAUUUAUUUCAGCAAAAAUGAUAACUAAGAAUAUUUUAAAUGUGUUUAUUAUUGGACCACCCAUUAUAAUUUGUUCAAAACGUGGUCAGUUUUGAAGGUAUUUUCCGACGUCCUCAGGACAUGACGUCCAAUUUCGAAGUCCAUCUUGAGCGAUCUGCCUGGAUGAUGAUGAUGAGGAUUUAUAUUUGUUGUUGACGUUUUUACUUUUGUUGAUGAUGAUUCUAUUUUUGUUGUUGACACGGAUUUUGUUAUUGAUGUUUAUUUAAUUUUAUUUUAGUAGUUGAUGAUGUGAGAUGGAACUCUGUAGACGGGAGGGAAUGACUUUCAGUUGGCCAAACUAUUACCAUGAUGAAGACAAAAAAAGUUAAUUUUUUUCUGCAAUGAACAUAUACUGUAGUUUACAGACAUAUUGUGAGAUGAUACCAAAUUUGCUUCCAUUGAAACUAAAAAUACUUUUUCAUUUUGCAUUAUCUUGUGACUAGAGAUGAUGAAUACAAAUCAAUCAAUUAACAAAACAUCAUUUAUUUUAAAAACUUGAUUUGUUUCCCUUGGAAUCUGUUGUAGGCUAUAACAUUUUAAUUGGGUAUAGACAAGUAAAGGCCCAUAAUGUGAGCAUCAAGUGUCUCAGAGUAAUGUGCUGCUCUAGGAUCAGGCCCUCCCUGUCCAUGUACUCUUAUUCAAUGUGAUCUAAAAGGCUAAACUGAUCCUGAGUUAGCGCUCUUGCUCUGAGACGCUUGAUACAUUCAGCCCCUGGUAUUAAAGAAAAAAAUAAUUUACCAUUAGAUUGUGAUGUUGGUAUGGCAUCUGUGGAAAUGUAAACAGACCAAAUGCUUAAAAACCCCUCUGCUCCUUGUCUUGUCCCCUGAAUCUGCACUGAUUGGCAGAUCAGUGAAGGAGAGGACUGACUUUCAGAGGACUGAGAAAGAGCCAAAGUGUUGUGUGUUGAGUAAAACACCUAGUUCUUGGUACUAUAUUUAACCUAUAGGUAUUCUCAAUUAUUAUAAUCCAAUAUAUACCCAAUAUAUUUAUCCAGUAUAUUCUAUAUAUGAUAUGCAUGCACUGUGUGAAUCAGUAGAAUGUAUAUACUGUGUUGGAAUCCUCACUCCUGUUCAGAAAUCAGAAACCACACUUAAAAAGGUCACAGACAAGCUGACAGAGAAAUUCCUCUAGCUGCUCAUUCUGGACCAGGGAAUACACUGACCAAGACAUUCUGAAACCUGAGUUGUUGACCAGAUUGAACCAUGUAUUUUUAAUUACCAUGUCAGUGCUCAUAGUACCAUGAUAGCUGUCUGUAAAACAUGUUUAUGCCAUAUUUGGCUAAGAGGUUUCACCUGUCAACUCUAUAAUUAUUGGUUGUAGUGACGGCCGAGGAACCUUCCCAUAUCGACGAAAUCAAAUGUACUGUAUGGGUGGUUUUGGGCCAACCAAUUGUGUGAGUUGGCAACAUAAAAACCAUGUAGAUCUUGACAUUUUCAAGGUGUUUGUUGAA